AUGACGGUUUUCAUUGUCUCUCUCUUUCUGCCUUAUACUAUAAAUUUCCAGGCUACCGAAUUGAAACGUUGCAAGUCAUCUGCCAGCCACUCUCAUGCGGAUGACCAAACUAUAGGGCGACUGGCAGAAGCUUACCGAAGACGUCGUUCAAAAGAUUACAGCCAGUUAUCGCUGACUCCUGGAGCGAUAACACAGGAUGAGACAAUCUUUAAGCCAUAUGUGUCCAAUUCUGCAGGCGAAAUCCCAUCAACUGAUGAGCCCAAUAGCCCAGGCCCUAGUGAACCUCGUGCUGUUUCCUGGGGCCAGAGUUAUCGGUUCAAUCAACCAAGCGCCAGGGUAUCCAAUUACCCCAAGCCCUCAAUUCUAACCCCCUUAAAUGUGGGGGGUGACUUGGACAGGUCAACCGUCGUCAAUGGCACCUUGGUGACCCCCGAUGAAGAAGAUGAUCCGGGAAUCCCACGGGCAUUGCUCUCUGAUGUUGGGUGGACUGUUAAAGCAGCAGAACAAGGCAAUGGUGGCCUGCGGAAUGCAGUCAACGCUGCUGAGGAAGUAGGCGUCCUUUCGGACAAAAUGUGGGUGGGAACAUUGGGCAUGCCAACCGACUCGCUGAAAGAUGAAACUCGAGUCAAUAUUUCCGAGACACUAGAAGAUUCAUACCAGUCGAUUACUGUAUAUGUUGGUGAUAAUGAAUUUGAGGGGCAUUAUUCGCAUUUCUGUCAUACUGUCCUGUGGCCCGCCCUUCAUUAUCAGAUGCAGGAAACUCCUCGGCAUACCGAGUAUUAUGACUACUCCUGGAAACAAUACGUGAAAGUCAACGAGGCAUUUGCAAAGACAAUUGCUGUCUACUGGCGCCCAGGUGACAGUAUCUGGGUUCAUGAUUACCACCUCUUACUUUUGCCAUCUUUACUCCGCGACAUGCUACCCGAGGCAGAGAUCGGCUUCUUUCUGCAUACCUCAUUCCCUUCUUCCGAGGUAUUCCGGUGUCUGAACACACGAAGUGCACUGCUUGAUGGUCUCCUGGGCGCCGAUCUUGUUGCUUUCCAAACCGAUGAAUAUUGCUACCACUUCCUCCAGUCAUGCAGCCGUCUUCUCGGCCUGGAAGUUUCCGCUCGUGGAGUCCAACUACGGCGUCGCUUUGUUCAUGUGAAAAGUCUACCCAUAGGCAUUGAUAUUAAAGCCUUUAAUAAACUGCGCCAAAGUGCUGAGGUGAAGGAUUGGGUUGCCAAUAUUUUCUCCAGAUAUAAAGACAAACAUCUUAUUAUCGCCCGAGAUAAGCUCGAUACUCCCGGUGGUGUUAAGCAUAAACUGUUGGCUUAUGAGCUGUUUCUGAAAAAAUAUCCCAAAUGGAGAGAAAAGGCUGUUCUCGUCCAAGUUGCUUCAGGGUCAGAGAGUACUGAAUUGGAGACGCAAGUCUCGAAGAUCGCCAUAAGAAUCAAUUCCGCCUAUUCAACACUUACGCAUCAGGCUUUGGUGCUUUUGAGGCAAGACGUUAGUUAUGCGCAGUUCUUGGCUUUGAUGAGCGUGGCCGAAAUUCUCAUGGUGACCAGCCUGAGAGAGGGCAUGAACCUUACAUGUCACGACUAUCUUCACUGUCAGGAUGGUAAAAUAACACCCCAACAUGGUGGCUCUCUCAUUCUUAGUGAGUUUACUGGAAGCGCCUCUAUCUUCCACGGGCACGAGCUGCUAGUCAACCCAUGGAGCCACAAAGAAGUCGCCGAUGCGAUCAACAAAGCGCUAGAAAUGUCACCGGAGCAGAAACACCGUAACUGGAAGUUUUUGAUUGAAAGAAAAGCUCCAUACACUGCGGUGUCCUGGUGCAAUUCGCUCCAGACAGCAUUAGCCAAGGCGUACAGCACGCAACUAGCUCGCGAACUUAAUCAGGUCUCAUCGCUCUGCGUGCCCGCCUUGGAGGAAUCGUAUGAAACUUCCAGCUUACGACUUUUCUUUCUCGAGGAUGAAGGUAGCUCUUCCGUUACUUCAUCGCUUUCGCACAGAUUGCAUUCAUUGCUUGAGCAUCUGACUCUUGACCUCAAGAAUGUGGUAUACGUGACAAGCAGCAAGAGUCCUGAGCAGCUCGAGUCUAUGGUCAAAUUAUUUCCGCAUCGGAUUGGAUAUAUUGCAGAAAACGGUUGCUUUAGACGUGAUAUCGGGUCAUCUCAGUGGAAGUCGUUGAUCGAUAUGGAGAAGGCCCAAGACUGGAAAUCCGGCAUCUGCAAGUUGAUCCAAUACUACCAGGAACGAAUCGAGGGCACUCAGAUGGAGGAGCGCCGCUGUCUUCUGACCUUCAAGUAUAACAACGCACGCGAUCCAGAAAUCGCCUCGCGACAGGCAUCCGACCUUGUGGAUCAAAUCAAUGGCACACUAGGUAGCGAAGCAAUCCGAGUCAUCCUCACGGAGGGAGCCAUAGGCGUUGAGCCUCGGGAUGUGACAAAAGCCAAUGCGGCUGAGUCCAUCCUGGAGCUAUUACCACGAAUCCCGGACUUCCUGUUCGUCGCGGGCGGCACUCGCAGCGAUGAAGCCUUGUUUCGCUGGGCAAACCGACUCCAGUCCACAAACACAGCCUGCAGCGUAACGACCCUCACUACGGGCACUCUACCCACGGAGGCCAAGGCCGUGCUACCGAGAAACGUGAACAUUGCGGACAUUUUACAUGCCCUAUGCGCCCCACCACUUGAUGGACGUCCAUCUUGGAAUAGCGACGGACCCCUGAAAGAGGAAGAAGCUUCCCUUUCCCGGCAUCUCAUUGCUGGAUGUUGA